AUGUCGCGCUUGCUGAGCAAGCUUGCCGAGCGUGUGCUGAAGAAAGUGAUCGCGCAGUAUGUGGAGGAGGUAUCGGUGGAGAGCGUCGGCGGCGGGCGGCGUGAGUGCUGGGCCAAGUGUAGCUCUGCCAGGCUCCGCCCGUCGGCGCUCAUGUUCCUUGCCGACGUGCUCCCGUUGCGGGUGACCACGGGCUUUGUACGCUCGCUCUCGGUCACCGUCACUUACAGUCCGCUCUCUGCUGUUGUCCGCCUCGAUGGUGUCGUGGCUCUCGCCUCGCCGCCUCCGGAAGACGGCCAUCCCGCCGCCGCAGAGUGGGAGGCCGACCUCGCCGCCCGCCGCGCCGCCGCCCGCGACGCCGCACUUGCCACGCUCGAGUCUGACCACGUGGCCCAGCUCCGCGGCGGUGGGUAUGAUGCCGGCGUGGAUGCUGGUGUGGAUGCCUCCACGGAUACCGACGAUGAGACCAGCCACUCUUGGAUUGAGAACAAGGUCCGCCACAUCCUCGCCAACCUCCACGUCGACAUCUCGGACAUCAACGUCCGCUACGAGUCCCACAAAGGCGGCCCAGCCCUCGGCAUUGUUGCCGACACGCUGGCGCUCAAGUCGACGGACGCAGCGUGGGCCGAGCUCGGUCCGGGCGCCACGCCGCGCUCGGCCACAGACAGCACCAUGUUCAAGCUCGCGUCUCUCACAGGCCUUGGCUUUUACAUUGAGCCGCAGUGUGACUCAGCUGUAGACGUUUCUUCGUCCGUAGACGAGCUGGCACAGACGCUGACAAGUCUGGCCUCGUCGCAGGAGCAUUGCGAAGCCGAUUCGGUGCCUGACAAGUUUGUCCUCCAUGGCCUCAGCGCUCAGGUGCGAAUCUCGCUCUCUGGUGAUACAGCCGUGGUCAACGCCAGCCUCGAUGCCUCGCCCGAGAGUCCUUGCGUGGCGCGUCUCUCGCAGGCUCAAUUUGCUGCUAUUGUCACGAUCCUCGCAGCAGCCGCCUCCCCGCCAUCACCCCGCCCACCACGUCUUGUCGACGGUGGUGGCGCCGCCGCCUGGUGGGCGUACCUCGCAGGCAAGCUUGGCGCGAGCAGCUCGACAUUGCGACUCGGUGAGUCACUAGUUGCCCGCUCUGCUCGCAAGCAUGCCUACAUUCGGUGCUACUUUACCAUUAUUGUCGCCGAGGCCGAUCUCAGCCUCACGUUUGAUGACUGUGGUAGCUCAGCGCUUUCGCUCUCGCAAGCACGCACCCAGCUUGCCCAACUCGAGGCUGAUCUGUCCAUCGAGGACAUUCAGUACUUUCGUGAGUUGGCUCUUGAUCACGGCUUUGCCCGCCUCUUUGCGGCGCCGACACCAGAUUCUGCCAAGAAACGCGGAGUCAAGAAGCGACUCAUGCGCCUUGUCCGCCGCAAGAAAAGCAACGCAUCGCCAGACGCCGGGCUCGGCCAGACCGAACGCGACGCCCUUGCCGCUGCCCGCCGUCUCGAGCUUGCCCAGCGGGUCGCGGUUGUGUAUGGCGGCCAGAGCAGUCUCAGCGAGCUGAGCAUGACCUACGAGCUCAUAGUUGCUUUUCCGGCGCUCCGGAUUGAGCUUGUGCCCAGCAGUGAGACCACUCCCUGCUUCAUGGCCAACAUGCGUGGUCUGGUAUUCCGGCUCACGCCGGGCACGGCCUCUGUUGCUGUUGCCCACGUCGAUGCAAUCGCAUCGCGUCUCUACUCGGGCACCCUUGUCGAGUGCACCGGGGAGUCUGCGGGAAGCCCAGCUCUCGAGGCGUCGAUUGAUUUUGCGCUUGAGCGAGGCGAGAGUAAGCCGGGAUCUCUUCCGCCGAUCGUUCUUCGGCUAACGACCCAACCAGCGAUGCUGACGUACCAUCCGGGCGCAGCAAGGGAGCUCGCGUCGUUCUUUGCACAUCCACUCCGCCGCGAGGCCAGGCACCGGCUGGUCCAUGCAUCGGCGCGCAAGCGCGCGCAGCUCGUCCAGGCCUCGCGCGCUUCGGUCGAGUACAUUCUCACAGAGCGGCGCCUGGUUGAGUUUGAUGUUUCCAUGGCUGCGCCUGUUGUCACGGUCCUUGUUGACCCUGAGCGCGAUGCCAGUCGUGGCUUUGUCGCUACGCUCGGCUCGCUUACCAUCUCUUCGGAGCAGGCCUCGCUCGCGUACCAGCGGUAUCAGAUCGAGCUCGCCGGUGCGCGUGUAGUCCACAUCAUGCCAGCGCAGUGCACCGAUUCGGUUGUCAUCGACGAUACCUCUCUUUCGGCUACCGUGCAGCGAUGUGUCGUCUCAGACGAUCUCGUCUUACUCCCGCUCCAUGUCGAGGCCGAAGUACAGCGGGUGGCGGUAGCUCUUGACGAGUUAGCGCUCGCCACGUUGGCCCAGACAGCUGUUGCCUUGGCAGACCUCGGUGGGCGCUAUGAGCCUGCAUCUAGCAUUGCUGGUCAGUUUGCGACAGCCCCACCCGAGCCGACCGCGCUGUCUGCCGCCCACUGUGAUGCACUCGCGCAGGUCGAGACACUGCGGACUGUUCAGGCUCAGCUUGUCGUCCACCAUGGCGAGGUGACGGUAGCCGACGCGCGAGGCGAUCCUGUUGUUGUUGUGCGCGCGCAGCAGACGUGCACCUCGGUGCUCUUUCGCGCCUGUGAUGUUCACCUGCGAUCGACGGUUGCCAGUAUGCACAUGACGGACGGUCAGGCUGUCAUGCUCACGGCGGUGGUACCCGAACCGCACCCUAGCGCGUCAAUGUCACAAUCGUUUGUCUCGCUCGAGUCGCUGCUGGACGAGCUGGAGGUGUUGGCGACGUCGCUUCUUGUCUCGCAGUUUGACAGCGACUUUGGACUCCGCAUCGAGGCGCACCUCAAGGCCUGGCUCGAGCAUCUGGAUGUACCCACUGCAAAGCUGGAAGCAUUGCGAGCGAGGAUUACUGCCACGCCCGCGUUUUCACCACAUCUGAACGCGCUCAUUGUGGCCGGCCAUGCUUCGCCUGCCAUCUGCGAGCUCGGUGAAGCAGUGCUGUCCCGAGUGGCGUUUGCCUCUGCGCGCGCUGAGCUCAAGUGGUCGUCGCUGCGGCCGGGGCCGGCAACUAAGCUCUGGCUCAGUGCUCUUGACCAUCUGCCACACCUGAAGACAGCAACGCGGCCAAGUGUUGUCCUAGUCUGGAUCGACGCCUACGAGCUCGAAAGCGAGCUGAUAUGGUCGUCACUCACCCGGAUCGCAGAGCUGUCUGGCGCGGCUCGUCGUGCCUAUCACGACCGCCGCCGCGUGGUCAACACCGGAGAAAGCUUUGACAUCGGCGAGCGUGUUGCCGACGAUUCCCCAGCCUGUGGUAUGUCCACGCCCACCACCUCGAUCUCAUCUGCAGUCACGUCGUGGAUGGACCGUCACCGAACGGAGCGGCUAGAGCUUGUUCAGGUCGAGUUGCGACUGCGAGCGCUCUCGCUUGCAGUGGUCACGCCACCUUCGCUCAGCGUAGCCAGCUUUGUUUCCGCAGUCGAGCCGGACGGAUUGGCCGGGCGCGUGUUUCUCGACGCUAACUUGCGCGGUCUCGAGAUGCGGCUGAGCCAGACUCGGCGGGGGGUGUCGCUCGGCGGUUCGUUGCACACACUCCGACUGGUAGAUGCUCUUCUCACGCCGCCAGUCCCGCUUGUGGUGAUGACCAAGGCGCGGGCUACAGGCGCGGAUGGCGCUGGGUCGUCCAGUGUCGAAGCGUACGCCACGGUUGCGUAUGAUGCGACCGACGAGGUGCCGACGUCAACUAUCACUGCGGGGUGCAUCGCCCCGUCGCGGGUGGUUCUGGCGCCAGAAGCUCUCGUUCAUCUCGGUGCCAUGGGCGAGGAGCUACACAAGCUCUCGCGAGCGUGGACAGGGGCUGCUACAAGCGAGGAAGCCGGCGUGCAGUCAAGCGCUGAGAUCGAGCAGGUGCCGGAGCCGGCGGCGCAGGUUGGCAAGGUCAUCUUCUCUCUGCGAAUUCAGUCUCCAAUCGUCAUUGUGCCACCACCAUCACUCGCUGGUGGGCCGCUGCUCGCGCUGAACAUGGAUGUGUUUCAGGCGGAGGGAAGCGCGUACGGCGCGAUGAACGACCUGGUCUUCUCCACCGAUGCCGCGCAAGUCGUCUUUGUGGCGAAUGGCGACUGGAUUGGCCUCACCAACUGGUCGUGGGCGCUGGACCACCAGCUUGCGCUACCGUCGUACCUCCAUGUCCUACCGUGUGCACAAGCGCAGGCCAAGAUCCAGACCCGUGCCGGAUCGGAGCCGCGGCUGGAAGUGGGUGUGACCCAGGGCGGACGCGAGAUCGUGAGCAUGCACCUCUGUCCCGAGCUCUUGUCGUUUGUCACUGAUCUUCGGCGGCGGCUAGAGUGCGUGCCGGAGCUCGGCGUCGCCCGCGGAAGGCAGGCCGGCGACAGCGAGAUGCGAGUGCCUGGCGAGAGCGAGCGGAUGCAGUUUGCUGAGCUUGCGCGGUGGCUCUUUUCACGCCGGAGCAUCUCGUGCUCGACGCAUCGACCGGUUGACGCCCCUGAAGUGCUCGCGCUUGUGGUGGCGACAGCCAACGUCGAGGUCCGGGUCGAGGCAGCGAGCAACACCCACCGGUGGAGCAACAUUGGCCCGUACUUUGUGCUGCGGCGGCGGCGGAUCGAGAUUGACUGCGGCGAACUUCAAGUUGACAACUACUUUGCGUCGAACCACCACAAGCCGGUCAUUCAGUCGCACCACUCGCUGCCGGUGCAGGCGGUGAUCUCGAGCUUCUCGCUCGAGCCGACCCAGGCAACGAGGUUGGUGAUGCGGAUGUCGGCGCAGCGUGAGCCGUCGCCGACGUGGCAAGAGCGCUUCCGGCUUUUGCAGGAUAUCCGAUCGGGAGUGGUGUUUGGCGAGGCGACGGUUGCCCUUCAGGGUCGAUUCAUGCUUCACUACCGCAAGAGCGCGGUCGACGACUUGCGGCGGUUCAUCAACUCGUCGCUGCUGCCAGCGAUGCAGAUGCCGAGCGCAACAUGGCGCGGCGAUCGGAUGUAUGGCCUCGCGCGGGGCGUUCAGCCGCUGCUCUACUUUCACACGCUGCGAUCGUCGGAACUUGACGCCACUCUCAACCUCGAAGCCGUGCGAAUGGUCGUCAACGCCAACGUGCGCGACUUUCAGCUCAGUGUCCCGCCGCUUGCCGAGACCGAACUUGUAGUGUGUGCCGGCAACGUGGGCAGGCUCUUUCUUAACCACUACUUUUCGUCGGAUACUGGGUCUGGAGUGUGGGCACAGGCAACCCGGCUGGCACAGGCGGGGUGGAGCCGUGUCAAGGGCUAUGUGCCACUGCUUGAUCCACAGAUUCCAACGGUGCCGACAGCCGUCCUUGCGCGCGUGCCUCGCGGUGCCUCGCACUCGCCGUUUGUCACGAUGGAGAUCCGUGACGGUGACGGGCGGCUGUACCGCGACGACGAUGAGGCGGGGAACGAGGUCAGCGAUGGCGGCCUCGCUCGCGGCGAUGCACGAUUUGUGGACAUCACGCCAUGGGCCGAGGUGGUUGAGCUUCCCGGAGCCGAGGCCGAGGCCAAGGCAUUUGCUGCGGUGCUCUAUCCCGACUUGGACCGCGCUUGGCACGGCCGGGCCGAACCGUGCACCUUUAUCAUUGAUCUCGGCAUGCAAGUAGUGGUGGCACAGGUGGACAUCCGCAACGCACGGGGGGUGACUGGCGCGGAGCGUGGGGCCCGGCGAGUCAAGAUUGCGCUUGCCGUCGAUCCAGAAGGCCCAUGGCUCCAAGCGGUCGACGACGAGCUGCGAUAUCCGGGGAGCGAAGCCACCGACGCUCUCCCGCUGCACUCGUUCCGGGUGCUUGUCAAUCCCAGCGGCGGCGCGAGGUUUGUCCGCGUUGCCAUCGAGACGUGGUACGAGAUCGGGCCGGGCCUCACGCUGCUACGGUUCCAGUGCGAGCGCCAUGCGGUGCCGCAUGCAGCGCUGUACGGGACGCGGUCGCGGCGGGCGCGACGGGCUGGUGGGAUGCACGUGAUAUAUGCGCUCGAUGAGCCGUGGGGCAAUCAAGGCGAGCUGAUCAUUGAUCUCGGCGCCCAGUACGAAGUGACGGGUGUUGCAGCCUCGAACGUGGUGGUGGUGAGCAGCGAUUGCGCCGACGACGUCGAGUCGCUUGUGUACGAGCCACGAGGCGUGGCUGUUUUUGAGCUUGCGUGUGCUGCAGCUGGUGGUAGCGGCUUUGUGCCGUCGGUGUACGGGCGGCUGCGGGCGCCGCCGGACCUCGACAGCGCCGAGUGCUGUCUGCCGGGCGAGUCGCGGCUCACGCCGCCGUUCUUCCGCGUUGCGCCAUUGCUUGGUGGUACGGUCCGCGCCCGGUUUGUGCGGUUCCGAGUGCUCGAAGCUUGGGGCGAGGGACCGAGCCUCGAGUAUUUGCAGAUCUACGGGCGGUUGGCGCAGGAGGUGGCCGGGCCGAGUGGCGUAGGUAGCGGCGAUUCUGACCCACAUAUUGCUGGAAUCGUCAACAUGCGGGCACUCGAGAUGGCGCUCGAGCGCGAGCAAGGUGAAGGCAGUGGAGGCGACGCAUGGAGUGGGCCUUGGCGAGGCGCCGUGGGUGCGUCUGGCCGAAUGUUCCGUCUUGUUCCGCUCGAUGAUGGCGCCGUGGUGUGCUCGAUUUCGGUCCAGCAAGCGUGGACAGCGAGCCACGACGACGACGCCGGUGGCGCCGGCAUCCGCGGCAUUGUGGUGUGGAACGGUGAGCGGCGACUGAUUGAUCCAGAGCUGGCGCGCGAGAGUGCCGGGCGGUGGGUGACGCUCCCGACGCCGCUAGUGGCGAUCGAGGAAGGCGGGCUGAGCUUUGAGCUCAACUCGUUCCACGGGACAGGUGGUGCUUUUGACGCGAUUGCAGUGCGCGGAACAGGCGAUUCGGAACUAGUGGAGGCUCUCAUGGCCGGCAAAGUUCGCGCGGCGCUGCCGCUGACACUCGAGCCAGUGGGCGAGGCUGGAGCGCUCGCGGUCACAGCGCCGCCGUACGACCGAGCGGCGCUGGUCUCCGGCAUCGAAAUCCGUGGGCCGCCGGGCGUCGUGUCUGUACAGGGCUACUUUGCGCGACGCGGACAGUGGGUGGACUUGUGCGUGGUCACGCUGCUUGGCCUCGAGGUGUGGGUAUGUGUCGAUGUGGCACGGCCGGUGGCGACGCAGUGGAUCCGGGUGGUGACGAGCAGUGCGGCCGAGUCGGAGCCGUGGCCGGCUGACCGUCUGGUAGUGCUCGGCGCACCUCGUUCGCGGGCACGGUCGCGGUCACGGCCACUCUCGCGGCGGCAGGGAGGUGUGUAA